UAAAUGGAGGAAAAAGCGCUGGCAACGCUGUCAACGCUGCAUAUAGGCAUUUUGAACGUCCGAAAAGUCGGUUGAUGUGUUUGUUGGGCUGCGGAGCGUUUAUGCCGCCAAUUUUCCCGAUCCGAUUUUCUUAUGUUUUUGAGGGAGUAGCAUCUGAUCUGAUUUACUGGCGUCGGAGUAAAAAUUUCAGAAUCAAGCGAACAACAUGCCGAGAACGAAGCAAAGGAAGGCUGGCAAGCGACACAGCACAGGCUGCGACCAAGUUAUUCGCGACUUCAACAGACUAAUUCAGUUGAGAAUCCACAAAACGGAACUGGACUUCAAAAACUUGGAGCAGAAAUUUGACACAUCCAUGCAAUGUGUACUUAAACGUUUUCCCACAGAGAUUCAAAAUAUGACACUGCGUGAACUGUUCACAAUCGAGGCAAGUCCAGUGAAGGAAAACCUUCCUCCAAAAACUCCCAAAGUUCCAAAAACGGCAAAGAAGUCUUCUAUGAAGCCACAAACGAGCACAAACUCCAAGAGAACAACUGCAGCAUCCGAUGACGGUUAUCAGAGCGAAUCAGCGGCUAGUCAAGCGUCAAAACUGACCGCAGGAACCAAGCAGCGUUCCAGAAGCACAACCCGAAAUCAAACCAAAGAGAGGACACGGAGCAUUUCACGAGACAGAAAAUCCAAACUAAACAUCACAAGUGCACAGAAAAAGAAAGACCUUUUGAAAACACCAUCAAACAAAACCACAAAUGAUUUUGUCAUAACUCCCAAAAUAAGGUUGAACUCGGCCAUGAAUGUGCUGAGAAAACCUAAAGAUGGAGAAAUGGUUUUCAGUACCCAAGGUAGCCCACUGAUGGUCUCAACAACAGUGAGUGACAGAACUGCUAAUAUUAAUGUUCCACUGAGGAAUGGAAACAUUGUUUCUCUGCUGCCAUUCAAUGAGACAUCGCUUACUGACAAUUUAUUCUUAGACGAAGAAACAAGACACCAACUGAAGAUUUUACAGAGCCACCUUUCAAAAGUUUUAGAUUAAUUAUUUUAAAUAGUUUAUAUUAGGUUUCUUAAGGCUCCUUUAGUUAAUAUUUAGUUAUCUACAAGCGAUUUUAGUUGAAUGAAACUGACUGUAUUUUUACAAUUUUGUAGCUUAAAUAAACAUUUUUUAUGAAAAUGUAAAA